AUGGGGAAAAUUCUUGAUGACAAAAAAAGGCUGGAGGAUUAUUUAAGUCAUUAUUACAAGGACUUGCUUUUGAAUGGCAAGCCCAGUUCAUCCGGAUAUGACAGUAGGAAGGAUGGGUCUGGAAGUACGAGUGGGAUGACCAGAGAAACGAACAUGAAAAAUGCUUCCAGCGCUUCCAAGGACAGCUUUCUUAACAUCCCUAUUACAAUUCAUGUGAAGAUAACAGAAAAGUCAAGCACCUCCAACAAUGGUAAGUUGAACUGA